AGGCAUUGGCUAAGCAAAAUGGGUUUCAUAAAAAUUUCUUUCAUAUGUGCUUUCAUGGUAGCUCUUUCAGCAGUUCUUCUACAGAAAUACUCACCAAGCACGGUUGACACAUUUUUGAGUGAUCCAACUGUUCAGCAACUAACCAUAAAGUGCAGUACUUUUCUCAAUGGGGUGGGUGAAAAAUUAAAAACCAAUGUGUAUCCUAUGUGGUUAAAAGUACAACCUGUUCUAGCACCAUAUGUCAAAGUAGUGAAUAAACAGCUAAGCAAUAUUUUUGGUGUUGUGGAUGAUGAGGCAAAAGGCACUAGCAGUAAGCCAAUUGUUGAUGAAGAAUCUAAUGCUAAGGGGAAAGAGCAUGAAUCUCAGCCUGAAAAAGUGUUUUCUGUUGAGGAAUUGAAGAAUUAUGAUGGUAAACCUGGCAGCAAAGGACUAUAUCUAGCCUUUCUUGGACAAGUUUUUGAUGUAAAGAAGGGAGAGAAGUUUUAUGGACCUGGAGGAGGCUAUGAAUUUUUUGCAGGUCGCGAUGCCUCUCGUGCGUUUGUCACAGGCAAUUUUGAUGGAGAAGGUCUCACUGAUGACAUUGCUGGCAUGUCUGAUCAGGAUUACCUAGGCAUCAAAACUUGGAUUGAUUUCUAUCAUUCUGACUACAAGUAUGUUGGUAAAGUGGAAGGCCGGUACUACACUGCUUCUGGGGAAGCAACUCCAUACCAAAAGGAUGCAGAACGCUGGAUUGCUGAUGCCAAGAAGAACAAGGAUAAAGCUGAUGAACAGUACAAGAUCUUUCCGCCCUGCAACACUGAGUGGAAUCAGGACAGAGGCACGCGAGUUUGGUGUACAAAGAAGAG